AUGACCCUCUACCGACCCUGGGCCCCACAAUGGCUCCAGUUCGAUCCAACGACCCUCGACCUCCCACAAUGCACCGUCCAGGCCCUGCAGGAUUUCUGGCCCUGGACCACUGUGCUGAAGGAGGGUGCGGACCAUGGAAAUCUUCGGAUUCGCCUCUAUACGGAUGGGUCGUGGACUGAAACAUCCAGAUGCGGAGGCUUUGCUGUGAUCUUAGUCCUGGAGUCUGGAACGCACAGUUCCUUCUUUGGCGCUGUCUGCGCGCAAACUCAGGGAAAACAGGACUCCCUGUGGAAUCACGCAGGCCCUCCGGCCUUGAGGAAUGAGCAGUACGCGAUUGCCAGCGCAAUGUUAUGGGUUUUCCAGUCGCUGCCCUUCCUUGCGUACCAGGCGGUGACCUUCUGUUUCGACUGCUUGGCCGCAGGACUUGCGGCUAGCGGAGCCUGGACUCCUGAUUGCGCCCUGAUGCAGCGCAUCCGAGACCUCCAGCUCUGGCUUGAGCAGGCAGCUGGGACUACUAUCGUCUUUGAGCAUGUGAAGGCGCAUAGUGAACACCCUAUGAACGAGCUGGCUGAUCGAGUCGCCAAAGCAGCAGCCAGAGGACACCUCCGAGACUACGAGCCGCCGGUUGAGGCUGUCCAACUGAUUCUGCAGGAAGACCUGUCAUGGAUUGCCCCCACGCUGGACUUGAGGCAACGGGAGGCCAUCCCCUUUGCGCGGGGGGGGCUCGUACAAUGGGAGCCGGACAUGAACUUCACGCCCUUCCAGCUCGAGGCACACCAUGUGAUCCCCACCACGACCAAGUACGUUGGUAGACAGGCCUCGUCCUCGAUGCAGGUUGAAUGCGUUGCUGUCUCUCUUAAUGUACAAGGCCUUCGGGACAAGCAUCGCUAUCUCGAAGAACAAUUCGAUGAGGCACACUGCAACCUCGUUUUCCUGCAGGAAACGAAGUCGCCGAUGGGAGUGUGCUCAUCCAAAGCCUACCUUCGGCUCGGCACUGACCACCAAAAACACUGGGGUGUCGGUGUGUGGGUGAGCAAAACGAGAGGCCUCUUUACAGCGGAUGGCUCCUCGGUCCAGGUCACGGAGCAGGACAUGUAUGUGGUCAAGGAAAGCCCCCGACUGCUUGUCCUUGAGAUCACGACGGCAGGCCUCCGCUUUGUUAUCUUUGCUGGCCAUUGCCCACACACUGGACAAAGAGCUGCUGCCUCGCAAUUCAUCGAGGAGCUCCGGGACACCCUCUACCCACUCCGGGGGGCACAUGUCACCGGGAACCUCCAAUAUGGGGACACCGAUGCCACUGGCAGAGAGGUGGCCGCGGCCCUGCAUGAUCUGGGGAUGUGGAUCCCAAGUACCUUCUCCAGCUACCACAAGGGGGACUCCUUCACGUAUCGCCAUCCUCAGGGACAACUUCAUCGGCUCGACUUCGUUGUCCAAGGGGGCAAGCUCGAGGUUUGUCAGGCUGCCAGCUCAGUCUUGCUCUACGAGCUCGACACUGGUGGAGCCUCAGAUGACCAUUGGGCCAUCAGGGCCCAUUUCCGAGGUUUCCUCCCACAGACAGGGGAGCAGACCAAAAUUUGGAGACCUCAGUACGAUCGGGUCAGAUUGCUGAGUCAGGAGGGGAAGAAACUUGUGGCAGAAGCAACGCAGGCCUACCAGCCGCCUCCUUGGAGCACCAACCCUGACGAGCACUGCCAUCAUUUCACCUCCUAUGUCCAGGCACUCCUCGAAAAGCACUUCCUCAAGCAGCCCAAUGCCCCUCGUGCAGACUAUAUCCCUGAACAGACCUGGCAGCUCCGUACAGCAAAACUUGCCCUCAAGUACAAAACGCGCCACCGCUCCAACCUUUGGAGUAGCCUGCUGGUACGAGCUUUCCUUCAAUGGAAAGAUGACGCUGACUUCGGAGUCAGUCGGCUGAUUGUCAAGCACGGGUUCCUCUACCAGCUCGCUUCCACUGCUAUCGGGGUUGCCACAAACGCCAUCAAGAAGGGCAUCAGGAAUGCCAAGGCGGAUUACCUUCGCACGGUCGUUCGGCAAGGCGGCCCCCGCCCCACGGAUAUCCUUUGCCACCUCAAGCGUGCAGGAGUUGGUGGAAAAAAGACUCGUCAGCCACAACGACAACUGCCACUCUUACUUGAUGCGGCGGGCCACCCAGUGCGGACCCGGAAGGACAGGGACCUACUGUGGCUGAGACACUUCGGCAAGCAAGAGGUUGGACAGAUUGAGGAGGUCAAGGCCUUCCUACAAAGGGAGCACCAGCCCGUUUGCAUUGACCAGGAACUUACCUGGCAAGUCGAGGACCUGCCCAGCCUUGGCGACAUUGAAGCCGUCAUCCGUUUGGCGCCCAAAGGGCGAGCUGCGGGUUUGGACGGCAUCCCUGCUGAAGUGCUGAGGGCGGCGCCGGGGCAUAUGGCAGCGGCACUCCAAUCCCUCUUUACGAAAGCCUCGCUGAUGUUGAGGCAACCCUUACAAUGGCGUGGGGGCCUGCUGUACGAGUGUUGGAAACAGAGCGGGAGACGAUGCGAUCCGGCUUCCCACCGAAGCUUGUUUGUAUCCUCUGUUGUGGGGAAGUGCCUGCACAAGCUCACACGGAGGAAAAUACAAACUGUCGUCAAUGAGGGACUUCAUGAAUUUCACCUCGGAGCACGUCGAGGCCAACCAGUGCAGUACCCUGCAGCCUACAUCCUCUCCUUCAUUCGACGUGCCCAUGCUCAGAGCCGGUCGAUUGGAAUUUUAUUUUUGGACGCCGAGGCUGCGUACUACAGGAUUUGCAGGGACCUUGCCACGGGGCUCAUUGAAACGGACGAGACGGUGACCGCCAUCUUCAAGCGCUUCAACAUCCCCCCCGAAGACCUCCACAUGCUCAUGCAGGAGGUCCAAGAGGGAGGGAUGAUGGCUGAUCUUGGAGUUCCGGCUACGAUUCGGCACAUGGCCAAGGACCUCCAUGCCAACACUUGGUUCAUUUCCCCCCAUGGAGACGGGGCCCUGCUUUCCCGCACCAGUGCGGGGAGCAGGCCUGGUGAAAGCUGGGCGGAUGCUAUUUUCAGUUUCGUUUUCGGCAGAGUCCUGGCCCGCAUCACCGAGAUCGCAAGGGGAGAGGACCUCUUGGACACCCUACAUGCCGAUUUGGCUGAGGGGCCUUUCGCCACGAAAGGAGGCGGUGAUGAGGCUUGUGCCAGUGAUGCGACUUGGGCUGAUGACAGCUCCUGGGCGAUCACGGAUGCCUCGCCCUUGAGAUUGAUGGCCAGGGUUACCCGCCUCUGUUCGGUCGUUCUCGGACAGUGCCAAAGCUACGGCCUCGUCCCGAACUUGAAGCCAGGGAAGACGGCCCUACUGGUGCGGCUUCAGGGCCAAGGUGCCAAACAGGCCCGGAAACACUAUUUCGACCAUGGCCCCCGGUCGGUCUGUCUGGCUGAUGUGGCCCUGGAGGUUGAAGUGACCAACCACUACAAACACCUUGGAGGUAUGGUGGAGACCACUGGCUACGGUGGAUGUGAGGCCAAGAGGAGGCGAGCCAUCGCGUCCACGGCGUUCGACAAGGGCAAGGAUCUCCUCUACCUCAACACAACCAUCCCCAUUGGGACCCGAUCUUCGCUGGUCAACAUUGCUGUCACGGCGACACUUCACAACCUGGCGCUAUGGACCCCGGCUGGCCCCCAAUGGGAGAAGCUUUGUCAGGGUUACGCCCGGCUGGUUCGGCGGCUUCUCACCAGACCUCCUCCACAUCCCCGCCGUUUUCGGGCUUGUGGGCACCGACUCCCUCCCGCUUCACCUUUUGGCUAG